UCUUCACGCAUUAGGUUCCGCGCUUCACCUCUCGGCAGGCUAUAACAACUACAAGGGAGAAACAACAACAACAACAAAAGCAAAAAGGAUUCUAGGACUGUCGUCAAAGUUUGCUUCGGGUCUUUAAAACCGCGACCGGCGCUCUGUGUCCUUUCUCUCUCUGUGUCAGCGCGCGGACCAGGCAAAAUUGUGAGUGAGCCCUCCCUUGGCUGAGAAGCAACCCCACACACGUAGAUGCUGUCAUGCCAUUUGGGUGCCUUGCCCUGCGAGAUGGGAGGACGUACAACAGCCUGUCAGACAUCACCGAUAAAUAUGAGAUCGGGCAGGUCCUAAAGGCGAAGGAGUUUUGCGAGCUGUGCCUGGUGAAGGAACAGCAGACAGACAAGGUCUAUGUGUGCAAGAAAUUCCUCAAGAAAGACGGCAAAAAAGUGCGGAAGGCUGCCAAGAAUGAGAUCAUGAUCCUGAAAAUGGUCAACCACCCAAACAUUCUAAAGCUGAUAGAUGCGUUUGAGACCAGGAAGGAGUUUUACAUCAUCCAAGAGCUGGCCACAGGUGGGGAUGUGUUUGAUUGGAUCCUGGAUCAAGGGAACUACACAGAGAGAGAUGCGGCCAAUGUAAUACGACAGGUCCUAGAGGCAGUGGCUUACCUCCACUCCCUUAACAUAGUUCACAGGAACUUAAAGCUGGAGAACUUGAUGUACUACACAGAGAAUAACCACAAGAAAGUAGUCCUCCGUGAUUUCUAUCUCUCCCGGUUUGAGAACGGCUCUAUCACAGAACCAUGUGGAACACCAGAGUAUCUAGCUCCAGAGGUGGUGGCUCGACAUCGGUAUGGAAGGCCAGUUGAUUGCUGGGCCAUCGGGGUCAUCAUGUACAUGCUGCUGUCAGGAAACCCUCCCUUCUAUGAUGAGACGGAAGAGGAGAACACAGACAUGCACAACCGUAUUAUCUUCUGCCGAAUUGUUGCUGGAGACUAUGAGUUUGACUCUCCCUACUGGGAUGACAUAUCACCUGCAGCUAAAGAGUUGUUGUGUAGGCUGAUGGAGGUUGACCAGAUGCUACGAAUUACAGCACAAGAUGCCCUGUGGCACGAGUGGAUCGCUGGAAAUGGAGCCUCCGAAAAAAACCUGAAAGAUGGAGUUUGUGCACAGUUCGAGAAGAACUUUGCAAAGGCCAAGUGGAGGAAAGCGAUCAGAGUCACUACAUUCAUGCAGCGUCUUCGGGCCUCAGAGUUGGGCUCUGCAGAAGUGACAACAGAGGGAAAGAGGAGUGUCCAGGCGGAUGAAGAAGGAAGUGAGGGAGUCACUACUGACUCGGGGGGCGUGUCAUCAGUCAGCAUGUCCAAUGAGGUGACAGUGGAAAGCGCACCAGUUGAGGUUCAAGAGAGAAAAGUGCAAGAGGAAAAGGAGAUGCAAGGGAGCACAAAUUUAGACACGUCAAAGCCACUGGCACAAACAAACUCCGCAACCCAGACACAAGUGGAAGAGCAAAACAGGGUGGUUGAAAAAAAAGCAACUGUGGAUGGCUCUCACAAAAUGGCAGCUAUGUUGGGGCAAGAAAAACCAGAGGCAUGCAAGGAACCCACCCCUAGUGCAUACACGAAAUCCUUUGACUGCCCAAAAAGUAAAUGUACUACAGAAAAAGAAGCCACAGACAAGAAAAUAACACCUGAUAGCCGUCGCAGAAUGGCUGCUAACUUGUCUCUGGACCAUGGUUUAGGGCAUGGUCCCAAGGCUGGCAGUCCAACUGUUGAGAAGGAACAGGCAGUAGCAAAUGAGGAGAAGGCAGAGGCAGCAGGUAAGCAAGAAAAAUCCCCCAGAAGCUGGUGUCAGACCCAACUCCCUGAGACAGUAGCGGAGGGACAGGUAGGUCCUGGCACAAUAGGAGAAACUAGUCCUGGAGAUGGGGAGAUGGAAGAAGACGGAAGAGACAUGUCAGGAAGGCAUGCACACAGUUUGUAUGCUAGUAUUGAUUCUUCAAGUUUGGGGCAUAAGAAGACUGUGUAUGUGCAAGAACAGAGAGAUACAAGCCAUGGUGCUGCUUGUAGGAAUCCAUAUUGUUCUCCCUACUCUGUCAGCAGUGGGGCAGCAUACGAAGAUCUACAAGAAGGGGAUGCCAGUACCGACUGGCAAAUGGACAGCGUGAUUGAACAGAUAGAAAAGCAAAUGGCAGCUGUACUUGAGAAGAUUGAAGGCGACAUGCCUUCCCUCCUGGAGCACAUCAGGGACUGUCCUGAGAGUCUGCCAAGAGCAAAAAGCGCUCAGUCCUCUCCUUCAUUUCGGCACCGUUCCUCUCACGACCGUUCUACUCCACCACCUCUUCCUACCACUCCACGGCCAACCAUGCCAUCUCUACCACACCUCACCAUUCCCCCACCUUCCUAUCCACCUCCCAACCCACCCACUCAAACCCAAGGUCUCAACCAACUCACCACUGAGCAGGAUGAUCAAGACGAACAAAGGGGAUCGGCAAAACUGAGCCAGUCACCAAGAGGAGCUGUUUCAGGCAAAUGCUUAUGAAGCUCAUGUGUGCAAAUUAUAAAUUGUAACAGAAGAACAAAUAUAAGAAUGAGUCAUGGAUUUCAGAGUUUGUAAAAUAUAAAUUACAGAGCAGUUUUCCCCCUCUUAACGUUUAGUUAAGAACAGUCAUGACCAGCUGCAUUUGCGCUGAAGAUGGUUUUAAGCAGAAAAGCACAAUUACAUGGUCGAGUCUUUGGAGAGUAUUAUGAAAGCAAAAUUAUAGAGUAACAUCCUUGUAUGUGUAUUUUUUUUUUCAGACAGUGAUUAUAUAAACCACAUAACAAUGGAACAUGAGAUGAAACUACUGCCUAAAAUACCUGUAAAUAUGUUAUUUGCCAUUAUAACAUUUAAGAAAACACUUAUAUUUUUCAGAAAUAUUUCAUGAACAUAAUCCAUGAACAAAAGAUUCAGAAGAAACACAUGGGCAUAUAUUCUUCUUAAUGUUAAUGGUCAUGUUAGUCCAAGUUACUUUAGGUAUCACAGUCGGGUUAGUGCAUCAUCGCCGUCAACUACGAUUCAUGCACACAGCAUUCACACUCACAAUUAACACACUGGGCCAACAGUCUGAAAAGAAUACUAUUUUGUAGAACUAGUUUUAAGAAAGUAUAUUUGCAAUAUCAACUGAAAAAAAAAACUAUUCUCACUUACUCUUAUUCUGUAUAUUUUAUCAUGUACAGUACAUACUUGUUUCUGCAUGUCUUUUUAAACUACAUUUAUGUUUGUCCUAAUUGAUAGUAUCUUAGGGAGGCUAACCAGACUUUCUCUUUUCUGAUUGUUUGUGAUAUUUCUUUAGGCUACAUGGAUGAUGAUUUUGUUGUCACUUUUGUUAUUACACAUAUUACCAGUUUUACCAAAUGUAUAGUUAUUUAAACUCCUUCUUAAAAAAAAAAAAAAACUUUGACAUUUCUAAAUGUAACAGCCUUACUUCUGUGUUCUGGUUCCUCUUUUCAAAUAUUUUGUCAUAGUGAUGUGAAUAUUCUUUCAAAGGACUUUUGCACUUUCUCUCUCUGCAAAGAUUUCAAUAAAAUCUAGAUGGUAUCACAUUUUGA